GGUGACGUUUGAGGGAGCGGGACGUCCCUCUCAGCCAAUGCAGGAGAUCCUUGCCGGGAGCUCUGCCGGAAGAUGGCGGCGGCCGCGGAGCUGACGCUGCUGGAGAAGUCUCUGGGGCUGAGUAAAGGGAACAAGUACAGCGCUCAGGGCGAGCGCCAGAUUCCGGUUCUUCAGACAAACAAUGGUCCGAGUCUAACGGGACUGACUACCAUAGCAGCUCACCUAGUCAAGCAGGCCAACAAGGAGUAUUUGCUGGGGAGCACGGCAGAGGAGAAGGCCGUGGUUCAGCAGUGGUUAGAGUACAGGGUAACGCGAGUGGACGGACACUCCAGUAAAGACGACAUCCACACGGUCCUGAAGGAUCUUAAUUCAUAUCUUGAAGAUAAAGUCUACCUUACAGGAUAUAACUUCACAUUAGCAGAUAUCCUAUUAUAUUAUGGGCUUCAUCGCUUUAUUGUUGACCUGACAGUUCAAGAGAAGGAGAGAUACCUUAACGUGUCGCGCUGGUUUUGUCACAUUCAGCACUGUCCAGGGAUUAGGCAGCAUCUGUCUAGUGUUGUCUUCGUCAAGAACAGACUAUAUACUAAUUCCCAGUAGAAGCCACCGCGCCCCGCCCAGAAGAGGAAAUAACCCAUGUCCAGUGGGAAGUGUGUUUCGGACCAGAGGACUGACGUGAACCGAUAUGCACCCAUUCUCUAUUUGUUGAAGUUGGUAGAAUUUAAGUACAAACUCAUGUCCCAGCAUUUUGUCUGUUUUUUCAGUUGACAUUUUGCAGUUUUUUUAAUGUAAAACUUCAACUGCUGUCAAAACUUGAGUUGAAAUCAAGUUAUCAGUUAUCUUGGUUUUUAUAGAUAUAGAUGAGAUUUCUGUUAAUAAAAGUUGCAAAUCAGUGGUUUAAUCUUAAAAAAAAAAGUCCUUCCAGUAAUUGACAUAUUUGACUGUUUAUUGACCUCUCUCAUCUUGUAAAAUUCAUUUUCCCCUUCUGUGUAUUUCUAGUAGUUUGUUUAUUAACAGCUAGAGUAAAUUGUCACCAAGGAGACAAAAAGGGAAGACAGAUGGAUUUGUCUUUCGAUAUUUAUGUGAGUCAGUAAAGGUGGUUGAGAAAAACCUUUUUUGUUUCUUUCUUUCCUGUAGUCAGUAUUCAUUGACAUGAAACCAACUGCUGCUCUGCCCGAGAGGGAAGUGGGAUAAAAUAUGUUCCCUCGAGUUAAUGGUUCUUUUGUUGGCCUUGGGCGUAUUGGAAUAUGCAGCAGCUAAAAAGGGAUGGGAAAUUCCCACCAUCCCCCUAAUUUUGACUCUGUAACUACUAGAUUUUUCUAAACUAUUAAUAAGAACCAACAUAGAAAGGCUGCCUCAAUGCCCUAAAGAACAAAAACUCACACUUUAUUAACAAACCAAUAUAAUUUAUAACUCCUAGCAGCUGAGUCAAUAAAUAAUCAGUGAUUGAGAGCUAAAGAGCUUACAUUUACAAACUGGAGGAAAAGCGGAGUCUUUGAGCACUUUAUUAUGAUGUAAGAUUUUGGUGCCCCGGCUGAGUCUCAGUAGAAGACAAUUCAAAGUUCAAGUGCGAAGAGCAGAGACUUGGGAAAUGUCCAUCACCUCCUUUUGGCCCCAUGCUGCUUUGAUCACAUACUAGCUGCAUGCGUGACCUGAAGCAAAUCAGGUAACCACGUUUUCUUAAUAUGUAAAAAUAAAGAUGACUCUCUAAACUUU